AGCCCAACUAGGGUUUUUAUACAGUCCUCCUUCAGUCCGCACAAGUUAUUUCUCUCUCAAUACCAACCCUCAUCAAAUUCAAAGGUGAGUAGUAAAAAAUCUUCAUGAAUCAAUCUUACUAGUUUCUACCAUCAAAUCUCAUACUCCGAAUGAACUAAACUCUAAACCCUAGAUUUUUACAUUCCCUCGUUCCCCGUACUUGAAAUUUUUUUUCUAGGGUUUUACGAUGUAUCUCUAUAGUUUAACCCUGCAAAAAGCUACUGGUGUUGUAUGUGCAACGAAUGGGAACUUCAUUGGUGGAAAAUCACAAGAGAUAGUAGUAGCAAGAGGUAAAGUACUAGAUCUAAUACGUCCUGAUGAAAACGGUAAGAUCCAAACUAUUCUAUCAGUUGAAGUUUUUGGAGCUAUUCGUUCACUAGCUCAGUUUAGAUUAACUGGUUCACAAAAAGAUUAUAUCGUCGUUGGUUCUGAUUCUGGUCGUAUUGUAAUUCUUGAAUAUAAUAAAGAAAGAAAUUGUUUUGAUAAAAUUCAUCAAGAAACUUUUGGGAAAUCUGGCUCCAGAAGAAUUGUGCCAGGACAGUAUAUAGCUGUUGAUCCUAAAGGACGUGCUGUUAUGGUUGCCGCUUGUGAGAAACAAAAGCUUGUUUAUGUAUUGAAUAGAGAUACUGCUGCUAGGUUAACCAUAUCUUCCCCUUUAGAAGCUCACAAGUCUCAUACUAUUGUGUAUUCCAUUGCUGGGGUUGAUUGUGGUUUUGAUAAUCCUAUUUUUGCUGCAAUUGAGCUUGAUUAUUCUGAAGCUGAUCAGGAUUCUACUGGGCAAGCAGCCAACGAAGCUCAGAAGCAUCUUACGUUCUAUGAGCUUGAUUUAGGGCUUAAUCAUGUCUCCAGAAAAUGGACUGAACCGAUUGAUAAUGGUGCUAAUAUGCUUGUUACGGUUCCUGGAGGUGGAGAUGGACCUAGUGGUGUUCUUGUUUGUGCUGAAAAUUUUGUCAUCUACAAGAACCAAGGUCACCCUGACGUACGGGCUGUCAUUCCCCGACGAGUUGAUUUGCCUCCAGAGCGUGGGGUUCUCAUAGUGUCUGCCUCUAUGCAUAGACAGAAGUCCAUGUUCUUCUUUUUGUUACAAACUGAGUAUGGAGAUGUAUUUAAGGUGACUCUUGACCACAAUAAUGAUCGAGUUACUGAGUUGAAGAUCAAGUAUUUUGAUACUAUACCUGUAACAGCUGCGAUGUGUGUUCUCAAAACAGGGUUUCUGUUUGCUGCCUCAGAAUUUGGGAACCAUGGGCUGUAUCAGUUCAAGGCCAUUGGAGAUGAUGCUGAUUUUGAAGCUUCCUCAUCUACGUUGAUGGAAACUGACGAAGGUUUUCACCCUGUCUUUUUCCAGCCUAGAGGUCUUAAGAACCUUGUUAGAAUUGAUCAAGUUGAGAGUCUGAUGCCUAUGAUGGACAUGAAAGUUUCAAAUCUAUUCGAGGAAGAGACUCCUCAGAUAUUUACUAUUUGUGGUCGGGGACCACGUUCAUCUCUACGAAUUUUGAGGCCUGGUUUGGCUGUUGCUGAGAUGGCUGUGUCUCAACUUCCUGGUAUACCAGUUGCUGUUUGGACAGUAAAGAAGAAUGUGAGUGAUGAGUUUGAUGCAUAUAUUGUUGUUUCCUUUGCGCAAGCAACUCUUGUGCUCUCUAUUGGCGAGACAGUCGAGGAAGUUAGUGAUAGUGGGUUUCUGGAUACAACUGCUUCACUUUCUGUCUCUUUGUUAGGAGAUGAUUCUCUGAUGCAAGUCCACCCAAAUGGUAUUAGGCAUAUAAGGGAUGAUGGUCGUAUUAAUGAGUGGAAAACUCCUGGGAAGAGAACGAUUGUGAAAGUUGCUUCUAACAGGCUUCAAGUGGUUAUCGCUUUAAGUGGAGGGGAGCUUAUCUAUUUUGAGAUGGACAUGACAGGUCAGUUGAUGGAGGUUGAAAAGCAUGAGAUGUCUGGAGAUGUGGCUUGUUUGGAUAUUGCUCCAGUUCCCGAGGGUAGACAGAGGUCUCGUUUCCUUGCAGUCGGAUCCUAUGACAACACAAUACGAAUUUUAUCCUUAGACCCUGAUGACUGUAUGCAGAUUCUGAGUGUGCAAAGUGUGUCUUCAGCGCCCGAAUCUCUCCUAUUACUAGAAGUUCAGGCAUCUGUUGGCGGGGAGGACGGUGCUGAUCAUCCAGCUAGUGUGUUCCUUAAUGCUGGAUUACAGAAUGGGGUUCUUUACAGAACAGUCGUUGACAUGGUGACAGGUCAGCUUACUGAUACCAGGUCCCGCUUCUUAGGUCUGAGAGCACCUAAGCUCUUCUCUACUCUAGUGAGGGGCAGGCGGGCAAUGCUUUGCUUGUCAAGUAGGCCUUGGCUUGGUUAUAUUCACCAAGGACAUUUCUUGUUGACCCCUCUUUCUUACGAGACUCUCGAGUAUGCAGCGUCAUUUUCAUCUGAUCAGUGUGCUGAAGGUGUGGUAGCUGUUGCUGGGACUGCAUUAAGGAUCUUUGCUAUUGAAAGACUUGGAGAAACCUUUAAUGAAACUGUUAUACCAUUGAGGUAUACCCCUAGGAAAUUUGUUAUUCACCCAAAGAAGAAGUUGCUGGUAAUAAUUGAAAGUGAUCAGGGAGCUCUUACUGCAGAGGAGCGUGAAGCUGCAAGGAAGGAGUGUUUGGAAGAUGCUGGGAUGGGGGAGAAUGGAAAUGCAAAUGGAAAUGGAGAACAGAUGGAGAAUGGGGCUGAUGAUGAAAAGGAAGACCCUCUUUCUGAUGAGCAGUAUGGUUAUCCGAAAGCAGAGGCAGAAAAGUGGGUGUCUUGUAUCAGAGUUGUUGAGCCAAGGAGAAUUCUUGAGCAAGAAACUGCAGGCACUUGCACUACAUGUCUUCUUGAACUUCAGGAUAAUGAGGCAGCAUUUAGCUUAUGCACAGUCAAUUUUCAUGAUAAAGAGUAUGGAACCCUUUUAGCUGUCGGCACAGCAAAGGGACUACAAUUUUGGCCCAAAAAGAGUUGUACAGCAGGGUUUAUCCAUAUCUAUAGGUUUAUGGAUGAUGGAAGACGGCUUGAACUUCUACACAAGACACAAGUGGAAGGUGUGCCUCUUUCUUUGUGCCAGUUCCAAGGAAGAUUACUUGCUGGGAUAGGACAAACCCUCAGAUUGUAUGACCUAGGAAAGAAGAGAUUGCUCAGGAAAUGUGAGAAUAAGCUGUUCCCCAACACUAUCGUCUCUAUCCAAACAUAUCGUGACCGGAUUUAUGUGGGUGACAUCCAAGAGUCAUUUCAUUACUGCAAGUAUAGAAGGGAUGAAAACCAGCUAUACAUAUUUGCAGACGAUAGUGUACCCAGAUGGCUCACAGCAUCAUACCACAUAGAUUUUGACACCAUGGCUGGUGCAGACAAGUUUGGGAACGUGUACUUUGUCCGGUUACCACAAGAUCUGUCCGAUGAGAUCGAAGAAGAUCCUACGGGCGGGAAGAUAAAGUGGGAACAAGGGAAGUUGAAUGGAGCCCCCAACAAACUAGAGGAAAUUGUUCAGUUCCAUAUAGGUGACAAUAUCACCUGCAUGCAGAAGGCAUCUCUCAUACCUGGAGGCGGCGAGUGUAUGAUUUAUGGUACCGUAAUGGGAAGUGUGGGGUCCUUGCUUGCGUUCACCUCAAGGGAAGAUGUUGACUUCUUCUCACACUUGGAGAUGCAUAUGAGGCAGGAACACCCUCCUUUAUGUGGAAGAGAUCACAUGGCAUAUAGGUCUGCUUAUUUCCCUGUUAAGGAUGUGAUCGAUGGAGAUCUCUGCGAACAGUUCCCGAAUCUGCCUCUAGAUUUGCAGAGGAAGAUUGCAGAUGAGCUUGAUAGGACUCCUGGAGAAAUAUUGAAGAAACUAGAAGAUGUUAGAAACAAGAUUAUUUGAGAUUGGACAUUUCUUGUUCUAGUUUGUUUACCCUCUGUGCUGGAGACAUACAUAACAGUUCCCUAUUUCCAAGUCUACGGAAUCAAUGAUGCAGCAAAUUGGGCUUUUUUCCCUUAAUGUAACGUUUUCAAAGUCAAAUUUAACGAUGUAAUACAUUUAAGAUCAUUACCUCGUCGAAGUGGCAGCACUGUUUUCUGCUCUCUUUUUGUUGUGCAAGAAUAUGCAUGUUGGUAUUUUCGUAAC